CCCAAACGUAUCCUGUUUGCCGUGUAAUCUGCGUGGUGCAAUUUCUGCCCUGAUGGUGGACGCUGUCAUCGCAGAGGUGACUAUGCCAUAUCAGGACUGAUCGCUUCUUAAAAAGGCGAUUUCCACAGAAGGCGGGGCGAUAUCCUUGACCAUGAAAGGGCAAGUACAAACAUUGAUUGACAAGCCGCCUGCUGGCAACAGCAAGCCCGCAACGGAAAGUUUCCCAGAUAAUGCAUAAGAACAGGCACGCACAUGUCAGCAUGGGCUGUGCUUUUAUGUUGCUCUCAUGUCGGAUGUUUUAUGUCGACGUCUCGAUUAUUUAUUCAUCGUUCUCCUCUGGGCUUCAUAGGUGUGCCAUGAACUUGUCCAGGUAGGUGCAUAACGCUGCCAUGGCCCCCUUCUUUCUCCUAGCUCCCAUCCUGCUGGGAUACGCUGUUAGAGCCGCUUCACCAACAUGGAUCAGUUUGAACCUAUCAGUACCUUCCACCAUCAGUGACGUGGAAAUCAAUGCCAACUAUGUCGACGUUCUCGUUGGCACGCCACCGCAAGUGGUUCAGCUGCCUAUCGACCUCCAGACCGACGCCAUUGAUGUAUAUUCCUCUGACUGUGCGUUUUGUCCUGGCUGGGACUUCUUCGAUCCUUCCUUGUCCACAACAAAUAAGCCUAAUGACCGUGUUCUGAAUGGUACAAACUUAUUCAACGGAACUUGGAUCUAUGAUACCAUCGGAUUUGGUGGUAUUGUAGAGUCCCCUGAUAUCGAUAUUGGUCUAUUGACGGUUAUGUCUACGAACUAUACCAAUUUUCGUAUACGAAACGGUGGUUUAGGGCUUCUUACAAACACGUUCCGAAAAGAUCCCAUCAAUCGUCUUAUCCCUCGUUUGUACGAGUCCGGUCAACUCAUAGACCCUGUUAUUGGCAUGCGACUUGACCCGAGCAACCCCCGACUCACCAUCGGGGCCCUCGAUCCCAAUGACUACGAGGGUACGUUGAACUGGGUGGAGCUGGAGCCAGACAACGGGGAUUGGUUCAAGUACAAUGUAUUCAAGAUUGAUGGGUUCUCUGGCCGCAAUGGUUCCCUGUUACCUUUCGAUGACAAUCUCUUGACUGCCGUGGACUCAAUGUAUUUCGACAUUAGCAUUCCCAACAACCUGACAUACUUCAAUAAUACUAACUACACUGGACCGGUCUUCAGCAUCAACGACACCGUUGACGGAUACAACUUGGAUCCCACAUUCUUCCAAAUUUCGUACCCUUGUAACACAAGCAGCUUAUUCCCCAACAUCUCGGUACCCCACCCAUACGUCGAUUUCUCUGUUCAUAUUAACGGCGUUUCAUAUAUGAUCGACUCGGAUGAUAAUCUUCUGCAUCAACCAUCUCAAUUCUCCCCCAAUGGGUUCUGCAAUGUCGGAAUAGUUUCUACCAGUGACAAGAUCACUACCGAGCCUCAGUCUGUCCUUGGAUUACCGUUCCUCCGGAGUGUCUAUCUGGCAUAUCGCUUCCCUACGGGUUCAUGCCCAGGAUUCUUUGGGUUCGCUUUCCCUAAAGGGCUCAACAGAACCCAAGCACAGGUCUCGCAGACACCCAGGGCUACCCCGACGCUGAGUUCUCAGUGCCUAUCAUUGACGAGACCAACCUCAACACCGAUAGUUUCACGCCCAGCGUCGCCAAAUUCAGCCUCUGGGAAUUACGCUGUGUACGGUGAGGAUGGUGUUCAGGUGUCGCUGUCGGGAGCAGAUUUACUAGUGAAGGGCAUUUGGAAUGCAACGUUUUGAAUGGAGAUAGUUGGUGCUCCUUAUAUCAUCUGUAUAGCAAGGGAUGAUUGUCUUCCGAGAGUAUGCCUGUACCUACGUAUUUAUGCAAUGUCAACUUUUGUUGCCAUUUUCCGUGCGUUCCGUAAAAGCAUUUCACAUAU